AUGCUACCCUCGCUGGUUUUCAGCUUUUGCUGGGCAACUGUUGUCUACUGCCCUGUGGCCUGUUGGACCUGGAAUAGCAAUGGCUGGCUAUACAAUCUCCCAUCCCUUGACUUUGCGGGCGGUGGUCCCGUCCACAUUGCGUCGGGUUGGUCUGCUCUUGCCUAUGCUUUGGUUCUCGGAAAACGAAAGCAUCUCGAUGAACCCUCACAUGGCAAGGCUCACAAUACCACGUUGGUCUUUCUGGGGACCACGUUGAUCUGGUUCGGGUGGUUUGGAUUCAAUGUAUGCCUUGCAGGAAAAGAUCCUCUGCUUGACUUUCUGCUGACAGCCCGUGUUUGA